UUGUUUUGGCGUGUUUGAGCUCCGAAAUUGCGGCAUCUUUACAGGAAAGUUGCAGAGAUCCAAUUGGCGACAUGGACCAAAUAUAUUUCUAGGUUAAACUAGAGGUAAAUAAACAAGCAACCGCAAGGAAAAUCGGGACACGCGGACUGAGCUGACGUAGGACACGCCCCCCCCUGCAGAGGGAUGCAACAGUGAACGCCAUGCAGGUCAUGUGGUCAGGCGUCACGCCGUUCUUCAUCGUCGCCCUCCUCGGACUCCCCCAGGUUCGGCUGCUGGAAGGACCUUUCGUCCCAGACCCGGGCGAGCAGGAAGCGGCCAGCGAGGGGGUAACGCCAGCCCCGACCUCCGAAAACGACGAUGACAACUCACUGCUCUACACAGGAUCGCGUCUGCGCCAGGAGGACUCCCCGCCCCGGAUCGUGGAGCACCCCUCCGACCUGAUCGUGUCCAAGGGGGAGCCGGCCACCCUCAACUGCAAGGCGGAGGGGCGGCCCACCCCGACCGUGGAGUGGUACAAGGACGGGGAGCGGGUGGAGACGGACCGGGACAACCCCCGGUCCCAGCGCAUGCUGCUGCCCAGCGGCUCCCUCUUCUUCCUGCGCAUCGUCCACGGCCGUCGCAGCAAGCCGGACGAGGGCAGCUACGUCUGCGUCGCCCGCAACUACCUGGGGGAGGCGGUCAGCCACAACGCGUCGCUGGAAGUAGCCAUUCUCCGGGAUGACUUCCGGCAGAACCCGUCGGACGUGAUGGUGGCGGCGGGCGAGCCGGCGGUGAUGGAAUGCCAGCCCCCCCGCGGGCACCCCGAGCCCACCAUCUCCUGGAAGAAGGACGGCGCCAACAUUGACGACCGGGACGAGCGCAUCACGAUCCGCGGUGGGAAGCUGAUGAUCACCAACGCCAGGAAGAGUGACGCCGGGAAGUACGUCUGCGUGGGGACCAACAUGGUGGGCGAGCGGGAGAGCGAGAUCGCCGAGCUCACCGUGCUGGAGCGGCCCAGCUUCGUGAAGAGACCCAGCAGCCAGGUGGUUCUGGUGGACUCGAGCGUGGAGUUCCGGUGCGAGGCCCGGGGCGACCCGGUCCCCACGGUGCGCUGGAGGAAGGAGGACGGGGACCUGCCCAAAGGGAGGUUCGAGAUCCGGGAGGACCACACGCUGAAGGUGCGGCGUGUGACGUCGGCGGACGUGGGCUCCUACACCUGCGUGGCGGAGAACAUGGUGGGCAAGGCGGAGGCAUCGGCCACGCUCACCGUCCACGUCGUGUCUGUGCCCCCAGCCUUCGUGGUGCGGCCUCGGAACCAGGUGGUGGCUGUGGGCCGCACGGUCACCUUCCAGUGCGGAGCUACGGGAAACCCCCAACCUGCAAUAUUCUGGCAGAGAGAGGGCAGCCAGAACCUGCUCUUCUCCUACCAGCCGCCCCAGCCCUCCAGCCGCUUCUCCGUCUCGCAGACGGGCGACCUCACCAUCACAGACGCCGAGCGCUCGGACGUAGGCUACUACAGCUGCCAGGCCCUCAACAUCGCCGGCAGCGUCAUCACCAAGGCCCUGCUGGAGGUCACCGACGUGGUGUCGGACCGGCCCCCUCCAGUGAUCCGCCAGGGCCCAACGAACCAGACAGUGGCGGUGGACGGGACGGUGGUCCUGAGCUGCCUAGCGACAGGCACCCCGACCCCCACCAUCCUGUGGAGGAAGGACGGGGUGCUGGUCUCCACUCACGACUCCCGCGUGAAGCAGCUGGAGACGGGUGCGCUGCAGAUCCGCUACGCCAAGCUGGGAGACACAGGCAUGUAUACCUGCAUUGCCUCCACCCCCAGUGGAGAGGCAUCCUGGAAGGCCUACCUGGAGGUUCAAGAAUUCGGAGUUCCAGUACAGCCGGGCAGACCCACGGACCCCAAUCUGAUCCCCAGCGCCCCGUCCAAACCAGAAGUGACGGAUGUCACUCGCAGCUCUGUCACCCUGUCCUGGAAGCCCAACCUUAAUUCUGGAGCCACGCCCACUUCUUAUAUAAUUGAGGCCUUCAGUCACGCCUCCGGGAGCAGCUGGCAGACGCUGGCGGAGCACGUGAAGACGGAGAGCUUCGUGCUGAAAGGCCUGCGGCCCAGCGCGGUCUACCUCUUCCUGGUGCGGGCCGCCAACGCCUACGGCCUGAGCGAGCCCAGUCCCAUCAGCGACGCCGUCAAGACACAAGACAUCCCGCCCACUAGCCAGGGUGUGGACCACCGGCAGGUGCAGAGGGAGCUGGGAAAUGUAGUCAUCCACCUGCACAACCCCACCAUCCUGUCGUCCUCCUCCGUCAGGGUGCAGUGGACGGUGGAGCAGCAGUCCCAGUACAUCCAGGGCUACAAGGUCAUGUACCGCCCCUCUCCGGACGGGGGGCAGCCGCGGGGGGAGUGGAGCGUUUUCGAGGUGCGCACGCCGGGCGAGGACAGCGCCGUGGUCCCUCAGCUGAAGAAGGGCGUCACCUACGAGUUCAAGGUGCGGCCCUUCUUCAACGAGUUCCAGGGCAUGGACAGCGACGUCAAGGUGGCCAAGACGCUGGAGGAAGCCCCCAGUGCUGCCCCCCGUGGGGUUACCGUGACAAAGAGCGAUGACAAUGGGACGGCUAUCCUGGUUUCCUGGCAACCGCCUCCCGAGGAGGAGCAAAACGGGGUGGUUCAGGAGUACAAGAUCUGGUGUCUGGGUAAUGAGAGCAGAUACCACAUCAACCGCACCGUGGACGGGUCCACCUUCUGGGUCCUCAUCCCUAACCUGUCCCCCGGGAUCCGGUACAGUGUGGAGGUGGCGGCCAGCACCGGUGCCGGUCCAGGAGUGAAGAGCGAUGUCACCUUCUUCCAGCUGGACUCGUCGGGGCGCAUGACGGAGAGCGUGGUGAGGGACCCGGAGAACACGCUGUCUCAGCAGAUCUCGGACGUGGUGAAGCAGCCGGCCUUCAUAGCAGGCAUCGGCGCCGCCUGCUGGAUCAUCCUCAUGGUCUUCAGCAUCUGGCUGUACCGUCACCGCAAGAAGAGGAGCGGGCUCAGCAGCAGCUACGCCGGCAUCCGCAAGGUUCCAUCCUUUACUUUCACUCCAACAGUGUCCUAUCAGCGUGGAGGAGAGGCUGUUAGCAGUGGUGGAAGGCCCGGCCUCCUGAACAUCGGGGAGCCCGCCUCCCAGCCCUGGCUGGCCGACACCUGGCCCAACACCUGCUCCAACCACAACGACUGCAGCAUCAGCUGCUGCACCGCCAGCAACGGCAACAGCGACAGCAACCUGGCCACCUACAGCCGCCCCGCUGACUGCAUCGCCAACUACAACAACCAGCUGGAGAACAAGCAGACGAACCUGAUGGUGCCGGAGUCGGGCGUGUACGGCGACGUGGACCUGUCCAACAAGAUCAACGAGAUGAAGACCUUCAACAGCCCCAACCUGAAGGACGGCCGCUUCGUGGGGCCCGGGGGCCAGCCCACGCCCUACGCCACCACCCAGCUCAUCCAGUCCAGCAUCAUGAGCAACAACAUCAACAGCGGGGUCGGGGUCGGGGGUGGGGGCGGGAGCGGAGGGGGCGGGGCCGGCGGCGACCUCAACGAGAAGCACUGCUGGAAGCCUCCCACUGCCCAGCAGCAGAAGCAGCAGGAAGUGACGUCACAGCUGCAGUACAACAUCAUGGAGCAGAACAAGCUGAACAAGGACCACUACAGGGGCGGGGAUGUCCCCAUGCCAGCCACCAUCCCCUACAGCCAGGCCCACGAGCUCAACACCGGGGGGUCCUACAACAGCUCGGACCGAGGCAGCAGCAGCACCUCGGGGAGCCAGGGUCAGAAGAAGGGAGUACGGACACCCAAACUGUCCAAACAGAGCACAAUGAACUGGGCUGAUAUGCUGCCCCCUCCCCCUGCCAACCCCCCUCCCUGCCGCAACACAGACGAGUAUUCUCUAACUCUGGAUGAGAGCUACGACCCGGACAUGCAGUGCCCCAUGCCUCCGUCCCGGAUGUACCUGCAGCCGGGCGAGCUGGAGGAAGAAGAGGAGGAAGAGGAGCUGGAGCGAGGGCCCACGCCCCCCGUCCGAGGAGCCGCCUCGUCCCCGGCCGCCGUCUCCUACAGCCACCAGUCGACAGCGACGCUCACCCCCUCACCCCAGGAGGAGACACAGCCCAUGCUGCCGGACAGUUGCGAAAACAUGGGCCCCGCCCAGCACGACCGCAGACGCCACACUGUCAGCCCCCCACCCCCUCCGCGGCCCCUCUCCCCUCCCCACACGUACGGCUACAUCUCCAGCCCCCUGGCGCUCGACACAGAUGGGCUCGAGGAGGAGGAAGAGGAGGAAGAGGAGGAAGGGGACGAGACAGACGCGGAGGUGGCCAAGGCCCACCACCACCCCCACCACCACCCGCACCACCCCCACCACCAGCAGCAGCUGCACCCGCGCCGGCUCCUCCUGCGGGGCCUGGAGCAGACGCCCGCCUCCAGCGUGGGCGACCUGGAGAGCUCAGUCACGGGCUCCAUGAUCAACGGCUGGGGCUCGGCCUCGGAGGAGGACAACGCCUCGUCCGGCCGCUCCAGCGCCGUCAGCUCUUCCGACGGCUCCUUCUUCACCGACGCCGACUUCGCCCAGGCCGUGGCGGCCGCCGCCGAGUACGCCGGCCUCAAGGUGGCCAAGUACCCCGGCGUGGUGCCCGAGCAGGGGGUUCCAGGAGCCCGAAAGUACCACAUGGCCCCUCCGGGCCACCGUCCCACCAGCCCUGUGUCCACCGACAGCAACAUGAGUGCUGCUGUCAUGCAGAAACGGCCGCCCAAGAAGCAGAAGCAGCACCCGACGGGCCACCCGGCCCACCAGCGCCGCGACGCCUACCCUGAAGACCUCCCGCCCCCUCCGAUCCCCCCACCAGCGGUGCUGAAGUCCCCCAGCCACCCCGGGAAGCUGGCCCAGGAGGGGCGGGGUGGGGCGGCACAGAAGAUGGGCGGAGACAGGAGGGCCGGAACCGGGGGCAGUCGGCCCAGAGACGGCUCGGACCCCCGCACCAGCUCCUCGGAGCGCAGGGAGGCCCAGGAGAGACAGAAGGCCGGCCGCGGAGGGAAGGGGGCCAAGCAGGAGGCCAGCACCAGCGCCAGGGCCCGCCAGAACCCAGGCUCAGAGGACAUCCCGCCCUACAGCCGGCCCUCCUUCCCUGCAGUGCAGAGCCCCCGGGACCGGGACCCCAGCUCCUCCAGCUCCAUGUCCUCCCGGGGGUCGGGGGGGCGACGGAGGGGAGAGGGGCCACCGGGAGCGCGCAGAAACCCUGCUGACAUGGGGCUCAAUACCAUCGGGGCCUUCCAGCCUGGGGAGGAUGACCUGGAGCUUGUGGAGAGCUGAAGUCCAUGCGAGGAGGAGGGGAUUGUUAUUGAAGACUUUGCCAGGAGAGGAAUAUCAAAUCUCUUCAUAUUUUAUACAUUGCAGUAUCAGAACCAUUAUGUUUUGCUGACAAUUAUGUAAAUUGUGUUUCUUUACAU